CACUGCACCCGGACAGAUACCAUUGCCUCGCUCCCCUUGCUCCUUUCGUCGUCUCCUCACACCCGGUCAGAGCAUACAUGGAAUUCUAGCAUACAAGCACACCACUUAUAUCCGCCAAGGAUGAGCAGCCACGGCUACCCGCCGUCGCCACAGGUGGGUCAGACAGCCUCAUCUUCCUAUCCCACUUCACCCUCUGCCAACAAUGGCAGCGGCCCACCUGCGGAUCCAGCUGUAGCGUACUCUCCUCGUCCUCCAGCAUGGCGACCUCUGCUACAUCCUGGAUCCGAGGAGGUAUCCUAUCCAGACUUCUAUCCAUCCAAAACGGGCAAGUCGAGCGACCGCGAUCCCGAGAGGGGAUCGCUGCAGCCAGAGGAUGAUAUGAGCGAGGCGCAUGUCCGCCAGGGCAUGACAGCGAAGCAGGCAGUGAUGAAUGAGUCUUUCUCUGCCCAUGGCUUAAUCCUUUCCAUCCUACCUCAGCUUGUGUCCACGCUGAAUUCACUCUUCCAGGAAGCUCUUGAGCGACGAUCCGGACUGUCCAUUGGAUCCUCUACUUCGCACGUACGGCCUCAUACCAACAAGUUGCCCCCUAGAGUCACCCUGAACGAUGUCAAGCUCUCUGCGUACGUCCGUGAUUUGGCCGACCCAGCGGUACCCCUGUCACGCCUGGCUAAGAGUAUCCCCCACGGCUUCAGGGGAGAAAGGAUGCUGGAGAUGUUAUGGCAAGGCACCAAUCCGACCGUUACCGCUUCUUUGCCAGCAUCUGGGGCAGUCAAGAUGUCACAUACACUAUCCUCGUCAAGCAACACUGGGGCUAGCGGUUCGGGUGCUUCUCCUUCCUCAACAUCUAGCAGCCCAGGCGUGGAGAUCUCUCGAGCUCUUUGGUUCAUCCGCACAGUAGGGGCCAGUGAUCUUGCCAUGCGAUCUCGGAGUGCCACUGCCGUCUCAGCGAAGACUUACACCGCUGACUUCACGUCCACUUGCACAGCUUGGCUUCGGAAGCAACUGGGCGACAUACCCAUCAGCUCGACAGAGUCCACGAUCGGCUCUUCUAGUGAUGUCCAGAAAUGGGCUGCCAAGUGGCGCUACUCCCUUCUUCUGAUGGAUGCUCUGCAAUCACAGUCUCUCCUCGACAAGCGAACUUGGGCCGUAUUCGUCGUGAAUCUGCUCAAGGAGGCCACUCUCACACAAAUGCCUUUCGUCCUGGCUCUCACGCAAGAUGCUCUCGAGGACAUCCUCGCGAACGACCAGUUGACAAAGCGCGUAGCCCUUGCUGCAUUGGAAAUACGCAGCAGGAUCCAAGACCGGCUUCCAGAGACGAGCGACGAAUUUGCGGCUGGCUUGUUGCACCAGCUCAGAUCCAUUGUACAGGCCAUAUGGUCUGAAUCUCCAGUCUCUCUUGUUUCUCCAAGAUUGUGGCAAGGCGUAUACGCGAAGGAUAUUGUACACACGAUCAAGGCGAUGUCGUCGACGUCUGAGGAACUGACAAGGGAAAUUGACCUCAUCAAGAGCAGAAGUAGCGCACUCUUGACCUUCAGACAUGGCUCAUCGAGAGUGCCGCCUCUCCGAAGCGACGACCUGUGCAGAACCAUCAUUGCAUUACUAGACGAGUUCGCAUUGCAACGGACAGACGAUGUAGUAUCGAUGCUAGCUUCACGAGGGCCUUCACCAGCAUGUUCCUUACUCGCGCAGUGGGCUGCGACGGCGCAUCGACCCUCACAUCAGUUGUGGCGCCCGCUUCUCGCUGCCAGGGUGAUGCAGCAGCUGGGAGGAACGAAGAAAAUGUGGAUGGGCAAAGGCAGUCGUUCGUCUACAUCGUCGGCUGCCUCAAGAUCAAGUUGGCUAAGCGUGGACCUCAACCAUGUGCUAUCACAGUGGCUCGAAAGUCUGGAAACGGCUCAGGAUACUGUUGACUUCGACCGCCUCGUUCUUCUGUUUGCGGAGCUGACCCGCAACGGUACUUUCUCCUACACCCGCUUCUUACAUCGUCUCACCGCAAGAGGCUGGACGUAUGUCGAAGGAGAUUCCCGGAAUCCCACCUCGUCUUCUUCCGUCGGAACCAACUCGGUGCAAUUUCGUUUGCUACGCUCAUUGCCAAUCCCACAGGAUGCAACCAAUCCAGCUCUCUUGCAUCAAAGGCGUCUAGCCCUGUAUGGUUCGCGGUCAAAGGAGACUCGGGAGGAGGCGGCAUACAGGCGAGGCCUGCGAGAGCUGAAAGAAGCGGCAUCGUUCCUGACCAUACCCGAUGAGGCCUCCCAUAAUCGCACAGUAUGGGAAGGUGCUUUCAUGGCAAUACCACACUUACGAAGUGGAAGUCUGUAUGUAAAGCGUCAGCUCGUCGCUGGACACUUACUUCCUUCGGCCAUCCAGUGGGUUAGAGGCAACACAGGCGGUGCCUAUACAGUCGAGAGAUUCGCCGAAGUCGUCUUGAUUAUGGAAGCUGCUGCUGAUUGGAAGGCCAUAGCCGAGAUGAUGCGCUGGCAGCUCGCUCGAAUAGUAGACACUGCAGACGACAUCACGACAAAAGAUGCACUGUCUCUCGUGAGCGAUAUCUUUGUCGUACACCGGGACAAGUGGGUUGCACUGGACAUCUUCACAACCCUGCAGCCGAUCUUCAAGAGUCUCUGUCUCAAAGUCUUGGCCGAGGAUGAUGCGAAGAUUGCGGCAAGUCUGUUUGCUGCCGGCGAGCUGGGUGCCUUUGAUGCGCUCAUCUCUGUCACGGAACAGAAAGCACUCGCUCCACUAACGCCCACGCAAUCGAGCGGGAGGAUAUUCUCGAACGGUGGUAGAGUGGUCGAUGAUCUUGACCCAGUUCUGGCGGAUCUGGUGCACUCUGGAAUGAUCGAUUCUUCAGCUCCCUUCCUUCCCGGGCGACAGGCUGGCAUAUCGAUCGAUUGGCUCGACAGUGACAAGAGCAAGAACAUCAUCACACUGUGCCAUACUGGGGCUUUGUCCCUUGCAAAGAUCCUCACCUCACUCUUGCUUCCAAUGCUCCAUGCUGCAGCCUUUCGCUCUCAAGAACCCAACGUCAAUACACUGUUGCCAAUGCUGCAGCUUUGGCGGGCGCUCGCGUUGGAUGCUGCCGAUGCGCCUCGACAGGAUCUCCGGAGACGGGCGUUAGUUGCAAAGGUCCCUUCGCAAGACCUGCUUCAAUUUGCUGCAGUGCUGGCGUCUUUGAUGACAGUCCCGACUGUGACAGCUGAGAUCUCAAAGAUUGGGCGCGCGGUCGUACGCGACAUCCUCGGACUACCACACGUAAGCGACGCUGUCACUGCUCGCCCCAGAGUCAUGUCGGACGCUGCCCGCAUCGGCUUGAGGUGCACCUGGGCGGACCCGUGGGCCGUGCUCUGUCUACUGUACGGCUCUCUAGACUAUGCUGGACUGCUCAUCGCUAGAUUGGACUCACCACUGGAUCUCGACGUAUCCCAGUUGCUUCCCUUGAUCGACCCUUGGCGGCAAGCCGCUUUGAUCGAAGAGCUGGCCUUCAUCUUCGAGCAGCUUGCAGUAGUUGAGGGCGGUCAGCAGGGAAGAGCAGAUGCCAAAGUGACCAAGUGCAGCCAAGUGCUCUUUUCGCGGCUGUUCCUCCAAGAAGACGACGAUGGGUCGAGGCUAUGGGCGAUUGGGGGAAAGGCUUACCGAACGGCAACGGUGGAGACUGCAUGGAGAGUCUUGCUCUCUGCUGAGGAGGCUGGGGAUGCGAGUCAAGCUUCGGCUGUUCUGCAGGCAAUCUUCCGCCUCGCUAGCCAGUGCGAGGGGCAGCGACUUCCACCUACGCAAUCAGACUCCACGAGUAAGCUCUUUGUAUUACUCCGAUCGAGGCUGAUCACUGUGGCCCCCUCCGGAUAUGCGUCUUUGGCUCACGAAGUAUCAGUCCUGCAGGCGCUGCUCUUAUCGAGCUCCUUCUGGACCAUACCGACUGUGAGGCAAGGUGUCGGGGAAGUACUCGCUUCGCUCUUCUCUAUGCUGAGCGUCCCUCCGCAAGAUGACGGGGAUGUACGAACGGCCACAAUGCUGUACGAUGUAGUUGCUUAUGUCAUGGAAGAGCUACCCGAUGAUCUGCUGCCGAUCUGCACUCAAGCUUUCCAGCCGUACAUUGGUACUGGAGAAUGGGCUUUCGGUUAUGACAGCGAUAGCAGACAGCAGGCACGGAUGCUGCUCAAGCUGUCCCCUUUCAGCCCUCUCAGCAGGAAUGCGGCGAGCGAUUAUGUCUUGGCUGCCCCUAGUCAAGUCAAUCUGCCUGCGCCGGACAACUCAUGGGGAUGGGCUGAUCCUCUGGAUGCCGGUACCAGCCAUGCCAACUCAGGACUGCAGUCUCGCUCUGCCUCUUCUACGACAUCGACAGCGGCUGGUGUAGCGCCUCCUCAGCUACACACAAUGAGCCCGUUGACUCUGCUGCCGCUAGACAAUACUGCGUCCAUAUCCCUGCAGCACUUCGCCCCCCGCCGAAGCAUCAGUGUUCCCAUCUGCCCAGAUCAAGACUACCAGGCCGUGCAAAACAUUCGUGAGGGAUACCCGCGAACCAGUGCAGGGGACGACGAUGCCGAGGGAUGGAGGAGUAUGCUGAGCGAACGGCACCAUACUUUCCUAGCUGACGACGUCAGAGAGGGCAAGUAUCUGCUCCCGGCAGCUGCUUUCAGGGCAAAGUAUCCUCUGGACACUGACGGCGUCGAGGAGGUGGGCGCCGAGACGGAAAGUCACCGCCAGAGCGCCACCUCUGGAAGCUAUCAGUCCUUUGCUCAGCUCGUCGGUCUGCCCGAUGGACCCGUCCGGACUAUGGAGGACUACCUGCGACGGGACAGAGAGAAGAGGGCGAGGGAGAACAAGGAGAAGAGGGAUCUCAAGGCUGCUAACCAGAGAGUCACUCGAUUUGUGAAAGACCAACAUCAGCAACGCAAUGGCAGCGGCCAGGGAGCAGAGCGCGAAGGUGUCGACUCUGCCGAGGCGUCUGCGGCCCAUGAGACUCUGCCGCAUGGGCCUGCCACGGGGGAUACGAAUGGCAACGGCAGCGUUGCGGGGACGAGUGCAUCUCGGAAGCGAAAGGUGUCUAUGGACGCUUCCAUUGCGGGAAGCGAGGCAACGGAUGCUGCUGUUGACCCCUCUGGCGACGGCAAGAAUCGACCCAAGGGCCGGAAAAGGACAGCUUGAGCAAACCGGCGCGGCGAGUAUCGUGUACAUUCAAUUGCCCUGCUGUGGGACGACUAUCACUUCUAUCUACAUGCCUUUCAGAGACGAU